UGCACAUUAUUCCUUGGCCAUAUAAGCUGCAUGAAGGUGGCUAAAUGCAGCCGACACACUCCGUAGGCUGGAGCCAGGGACGCUGCGCCCCCCCAUCCCGUAUCCGGGAACCACGGGUUUGUGUCGCCGAGGCACGGAGAUGCAGGCAGCUGGACAAGGGGCUCAUCUCUCUGCCUGACUGCUGGUUUCCUCCGCUUCUCAUUUCUGCGUCUGAAUUAUUCACCUUUUGCACAUGUAAAUAAAUUGCGUGGCAUGGCACAGCGGUGAGAUCCAGCCCGGACCCUGGCUGAAGUCCUUCAGCACGUAUGGAUGUCUUUAGCUUUGUGAAGAUGCCAAAACUCUCAGGCCAUAAGACUAAAUCGUCUGGGUGCCCCCCUCCUUCUGGGACCUGGAGCCCCUCUCGGGGGCACCCCUAUGGUUGGGACCCAGCCUUUGGCAGAGAGUGGAGAGACUGCUUCGUCAACGUGUCCCAGAGCAGCUCUCUGGAAGAGGUCUGCCUGGACGGGGGCCCUGUAGCCCCUCCCGCUCCCCGCAGGGUGGAGAUGAGACGGGACCCAGUGUUGGGCUUUGGCUUCGUCGCAGGCAGUGAGAAGCCUGUGGUGGUUCGCUCCAUCACCCCCGGGGGUCCUUCAGAGGGCGAGCUUCUCCCUGGAGAUCAGAUCAUCAUGAUCAAUGAGGAGCCAGUCAGCACUGCCCCAAGAGAACGGGUCAUUGAUCUCGUCAGAAGCUGUAAGGAAUCCAUCAUGCUGACAGUCGUUCAGCCUUACCCUUCUCCAAAAUCUGCCUUCAUCAGUGCUGCAAAGAAAGCCAAGUUAAAAUCAAACCCAGUGAAGGUGCGCUUCGCGGAGGAGGUCAUCGUUAACGGCCAGGCUCCGGACCCUGUCAAGGAUAAUUCACUCCUUUUCAUGCCAAAUGUUCUGAAAGUAUAUUUGGAAAAUGGACAAACUAAGUCGUUUCGUUUUGACAACAGUACCUCAGUAAAGGAUGUCAUCUUAACUCUGCAAGAGAAGCUGUCCAUCACAAGUAUCGAGCACUUCUCUCUGAUGCUAGAGCAGCGUGCUGAGGCAUCUCCAAGCAAGCUGUUGCUCCUUCAUGAGCAAGAGAUGUUAACUCAGGUGACACAAAAACCAGGAUCUCAUAAGAUGAAAUGCUCCUUCAGAAUCAGCUUUGUUCCGAAGGAUCCCAUUGACCUGCUCAGACGAGAUCCAGUGGCUUUUGAAUAUCUUUAUGUUCAGAGCUGUAACGAUGUGGUGCUGGAACGAUUCGGGCCUGAGCUGAAGUACGACACAGCCCUCCGCCUGGCUGCUCUGCAGAUGUACAUCCUGACCGUCACCAUGAAGCAGACGCAGAAGGUGUCGCUGAAGUACAUUGAGAAGGAGUGGGGCUUUGCGCUUUUCCUGCCUCCAGCGCUGCUGUCCAGCAUGAAGGAGAAGAACAUCAAAAAAGCCCUGACCCACAUCCUGAAAACCAACCAGAACCUCGUACCUCCCGGCAAGAAACUAACUGCCUUGCAGGCAAAGGUACAUUACCUGAAGUACCUCUGCGAUCUGAGGCUGUAUGGGGGUCGAGUAUUCAAGUCAAUACUGUUGCAGGGGGACCGGCACACCGAAGUGACCCUGCUGGUGGGGCCACGCUAUGGCAUCAGUCACGUCAUCAACACCAAGACCAACCUGGUGGCCUUGCUGGCCGAUUUCAGCCACGUCCAUCGCAUCGAGAUGUAUGCCGAGGACGAGAGCAAUGUCAGGGUAGAGCUGCACGUCCUGGAUGUCAAGCCUGUCACCCUCUUCAUGGAAUCCUGUGAUGCCAUGAACCUGGCCUGUCUGACUGCUGGAUACUACAGGCUGCUGGUAGAUUCUCGGCGCUCCAUUUUCAACAUGGCCAACAAAUCCAAGGCAGCAACUAUGGAUGGCGGCCAGGAACCAAGGGGCAAGUUUAACUGCCAAGGUAUUGAGUGCAUGUACAGUACCUCCUUCAGUGGCAGCGAGGAUCCUGGCCUUCAGUUAUGCCAGAAGGAUACCCAUGAAAAAGGCAACUUUUCCAUUUGUACAGGAAUUGAAAAGGAGGCCGUCCCCAUUUACAUCACAGAGGUAGAGCAGUCCCAGCAUGCCAUGCAGGUAGGACAAAGAGCCGAGAGAGGGAACAGGAGCACAUACUGUCAAGCCUUUCUCUCUAUGGCAAGAACUAAACCCCCGGACUCUGCCAGAAGUGCCAAGGUUUCUUUUAUUUUUGGAGAUGCCCCUUUAGAUAGUAUUAACCCCCAGAACCUUGGUUACCAGAGACUAAUGGAUGAUAGCCCAGAAAUGUUAGAUGAACAUGGCUCCUUGUAUCUGCCAAACAAUGAGGGCUUAAAGCAUUUGGAUCCUUCUGGAGAUGGGGAUGGAUUUCAGUAUGGCUCCCAUACGGUCUACAGCAGCAUCAAUGAUGCAAAAAUCUUUGGAAACACAGGAGGCAUUGAGGAGCCUCUGCUGCAUGACAUCUGUUACGCAGAAACCACGGACGAUGCUGAGGAUGAGGAUGAAGCCAGCUGUGAGGAGGACAGUGAAGUCAGUGAGAUGGGCAAGACCACCUUUCUCAAGUUCUCGGGCUCCAGUGACGACAUAAUCGACUUGACCUCCCUGCCUCCUCCAGAGGGCGAUGAUGAAGAGGACAACGAUGUCCUUCUGCAUUCACUGAACCUAGCCAUUGCCGCUCCUCCUCCUGGGUUCAGGGACAGUUCGGAUGAAGAGGAACACCAAGUCUCUCAAGUCACAGAAGGAAGAGGCCCAGGGAAACUCGAUGACAUCCCAGUGUCUCUGAUUGACACUGUCCCGACACAGGGCAACAGCAGCAGCGAGAAAGCCCUGGACGAUGCUGUGGUCUCUACACUGCAGGCACUGGAAGCCCUUGCAGCGUCUGAAGAGUCAUCCCACCCGCCGUCCACCAGUAAUACAGGUUUAGCCAUAUCCCGGGCCUUUAGUCCGGAGUCCUCUUCAGAUUCUGGGAAUGAGACAAAUUCCUCUGAAAUGACGGAGAGCUCUGAGCAGGCCGCGGCCCAGAAGCAGUCAGAAAGCAACAUGCGCCUCUUUGUGGCAACCACAGAGGGAUUUCAGCCUCUCCUAGUGGAAAAGACAGAGUUUCCCAUCUCUCCUUCUGAGGGAGACCAUUCUCUGAAGAUGCCCCUUGGUAUCUUGAGCCGUAAAGAAGGGGAGCCUACGGCUGUGCCUUCAAAACAGAUCCUUCACUCUGAGAACAUUGAAAUGGAGCCAGAAACCAUGGAGACUAAAUCAGUCACAGAUUACUUCAGCAAAAUGCAUGUGGGGUCUGUUCUGCCAUCCUGUAACAGCAAACAAAAGGGAAAGCCUAGUGAAGAGGAUCCCAGAAUACCCUUUGAUACAAACACCACGGGAAAACGACAGGUGAGGAUGGCUGAAGCAGGUGGGGAUGAGCAGCUCCACGGUGGAAAGUACAACACCUUCUCUGCCAGAGAUGCCCAUCGUAUGAAUCACUUUGAUCUAGAACGUACCUCAUUCCGAGAGAAGAGCCAAAGGUCACACAUGCUGAGUGAAAACAAGAUGGCAGAAAAUUCCACCAUGGGACCUAUGUGUGGUCACCCUCUGUUACGUGGACGUCAUGUUGGUCAGGCUGAGCUCCAAGAGUCAGAGCAGGAAUUAAAUGACAACAGGGUUCCAAGUAAAGGAAAGGAAGAAGGUCUUAUUUCAGAAACCUUCUCCCAAGAAAAGGAGCAAAACAGCUCCCAACACGUCAAUGCCCCCCUUGAGGAGCAAAAACAGAGUAAGCAACCUCCAGGAGAGCACGCUGUUGCUGGGCUGUGUGAGUACCACCUAGCCAAACGUAUAUCAUCCCUACAGAGUGAGGGUCACUUCUCCCUUCAGAGCUCCCAGUGCUCCUCUCUGGAUGCCAGUGGCUCUACAGGGAGCAGCAGUUGUGCCACUCCCAUGGAUUCCCCGCACUGCACCACUGAUACGAAGUACAUCAGCUACAUGGGCGCAGAGGACAAAGCCCAUAGCACCUCAAGUCAUGGUCCUCAGCUCAAAGAUCUCCACCCGAAUGCCGAUGCAACAGUGCUUCGGAAGAUGCUGCCUAACUUACACACGGCCCCUGGCUCUGAACCUGUAUUUGGGCCGUUGCGAGAAGGAUGUCACCGGAUCCCUAAGAUCAAAGAAACCACAGCUUACACAGAAACUGAGAAGGCCCAACGAGGGGACUCGUCAUCAGCUCUUCCCAAACAGGUGAAAGAAUCUCCCCUGCUGCUGCCAUCUCGCUUAAGUGCAGAAUCAAACGUGCCAAAGCAGGAGUCCACGGACAGUGAGAAAAACAGCCAUUUUUCAACAUCUCCCAGAAGCUUGCAUUCAUGUGAUCCCUGCACUGGAGGUAUUGGCAGGAGCCUGAGACGAGGCUCCAGCAGCCUAACUACUGGCUUCAGGAGAUUCGACACCUUGUUUGAGAAGAACAAAGCUGCAGCCGGUAGCAGGUGCAUGCAGUCCCCCCAGUCCCCUAAUUCCAAAAUGCAAAAGAACCCCCUUGGGAAGAGACUGUGCAAGAGCGACUCCCAAGACUUUGUUGACUUCUACUUCUCUUGCUAUUCAUCUAGCAACAAACAGAACGAGAGGGUCCCAGCAAGCACCACAGCCAGAUGCCAAAACCUAGAGGUGUCAUGGCCCCUUCAGCUACUGCUUCCUCAAGAGGAGCAACACAUUCAUGAUGAUGCUGAAAACCUAGAUCAGUUGUUGAGUACUACAAGGACAGCAGAUCUUUUGUCCAGGGUUGAUGCCCAAUGGGACACUUGCAACAUGGAUACAGCAAAUAUGUGCUCUUUGGACCUCUCUAGUGAACAGCAUCCCAUGGAUGCCACACUGAGGGACAUGAGCUUUAGUUCAAAGCUGGUCCCCAUUGGUCAACUCAAAGGGAAGAGUUAUAUAUUCUCUGAUGGCUUUUUAGCUGCACAGAGUGAUGCCAAAGAGUUGAUCGCUCUGAUGCGCUCCAGUUUGGGCAGGGGGUGUGACAUGCAGUACAAUAUUCGAGGUGUCUGUCAGUACUACCAGCUGCUUCCACUGAGUCCAGAAAGCUGAGUAGCACCUGCGAGAUGGUGUCCCAAGCUCACCAAAGCACAGAGGAAAUGCUUUAGGCAGUAACUUGUAGCUUCCAGGCACUCUGCUGCUUUCCUGAAGCUUGCAUGUACCUACUGAGCGGGAUGAGCACUGAGGCCCAACAGGACCAGGUGGCGGCCAAAGCGGAUGAAGUCAUCACAAACUAUAUCUGCCUACUAAAAGCCGCUGAGGCAGCAGUAGGCAGCUCUGCCUGUGACCACAGCGUCAGAGUACUGGCACAGCACUCUACCACCAUGUCCGCUAUUGUGUACAUGCUAACACAUUCAGUCAAAGCACUUAUUAAACCUUAAACUUUUACCUUAAUGUUAUUUUGCUAAGCCAUACAUGAAAUUGCGGGUUUCUCUGACCCUCAUAAUAAAACAUGCUAUUGGGGAAAAAAAAUUUGAUCUGUAUAUAUUUUGUUUUAUAUGUAAUAAACAGAAUUAUGAACACCACACAAAUAUAAAGAGAAAGGUAUCUCCCCCAUUACAGAACAGGUUGUAUGAGGCAGACUGUGUUUCAUCAUGCAAUCUCCUGUAUCUUGCAUUACAAUGCUUUUACUUGUUGCAAUGUAAAAUUACAGGUCACUGGGGUUUAUUGAAUAUAUUGUACUAUAUAUUAAUACAUUGUAUCUUUAUUAAAAAAAUGAACUUUAAAAAUAAAGUGAAGA